GUAAAAGCAGCAAAGCAAAAACAACAAAGCAAAAGCAGCAAAACAAAAGUAGCAAAGCAAAAGCAGCAAAGCAAAAGCAACAAAGCGAAAGCAGCAAAGCAAAAAUGGCAAAGCAAAAGCAGCAAAAGCAAAAGCAGCAAAGCAAAAACAGCAAAAGCGCAAAACAAAAGCAAAGAAUGA